AUGGCAUCUGUAGAUAAUGAUGUAGCUACUGAAAACAAAAACUUAGCAAAUGGACAUUCGAAUUGUCAAAUAUAUAAUAGUGGUAGCUCAAGUGAUAUUUCAAGUUCGAAUGGGAAUUAUAAUAGUUCAAGUCUUUUAAAAGAUAAAUAUGGAUUAUCUGAUCUAUUCAAUAGGGCUGUCUCCGUAUUUGCUCCUGAACGAAAAGGAUGGAAUUUAUGGAAUAAGCCUAGUACUCAUAGUAGUGAACAAAAAUAUAGUCAUGUUGUAGCCAGCUCUACAGCACUUAUUCAGCAAAUUAGACCGUCCACACUACCAGCCAAAGAUAUUAAUGAAGAAUCUCGACAUAAAGCAGAAUAUGACAGCAUAUUAAAAGAGGCAAGAAUCAAGGAACAAAAACAACUAACCGCUUGGCAGAUUGAAAUUAAAAAUAGAGUAAAACGUGAAGAUGCACAAGCUAAAAGAAUCAAACAAUGGCAGGAAAUUUUACCAAAGUUUUCUAAACUUCAAAAUAGUCAAUACGUUCAAUCACUUUGGUGGCAUGGCCUACCGCCUUCAGUUCGCGGUCAAGUUUGGCUACUGGCUUUUGGAAAUGAAUUGCAAUUAACUCAUGAAGAUUAUUACUCUAAUAUGUGCAAAGCGAGCAUCAAAAUAGCCUUAAACUUAGGUUGCUCUGUUGAUGAUAUUAUUAAAAUAAGUCAUGAUGCUCAGGAUGAUAAAAUUUAUCAAUUAUUCUCAGCAAAUGCUAAUAUACAUCUCAUAAAUAAAGAAUCAUUAAACAGUAGUGAGAGUGCUAUUAAAGUUACAAAUAUUUAUGGCAAUCAGUGUAUUGAUAGCUGCCAAACAAAUAAUGCUCAUAGAUUUAGUUUUUGUGAUAGGACGAAUUGUGAAUGCAAUGACAAUAAUCAUUCAAGUGAAAAAUCAUCGGACUCUUGUUUGAAUGUAAUACAAUUAGAUAUUUCUAGAACUUUUCCCAGUUUGGGGGUUUUUCAAAAAGGCUGCCCUUACUUUCCAAUACUACAUGCUCUCUUAGCAUCUUAUGUUACUUAUAAACCAAAUAUCGGAUACGUUCAGGGAAUGUCUUUUAUUGCUGCUGUUCUAUUGGUAAAUAUGGAACCCCCAAAUGCUUUCAUAACAUUCUGCAAUAUUUUAGAAAAACCUUUGCACUCAGCAGCAUUUAGUUUAGAUCAAAGAAAAUUAGAAGCAUACUUCAGAGCAUAUGAUGAUUUAUUUAGCAAUUGUUUGCCAGAAUUGCAUGCACAUUUUGUGGAACUCGGUUUGACUGCAGAGUUAUACUGUGUUGAUUGGCUGUAUUCAGUAUUUUCCCGAGCCAUGCCAUUUGACAUAGCAUGUAGAGUUUGGGAUUUAUUUGCAAGGGAUGGUGAAGAAGCUUUAUUUCAAACCGCUAUAGGAAUUCUGACUUAUUUUCAAACAACUCUAAUAGAAAUGGAUUUUAUAUCGGCAGCACAAUUUUUAACAAAAUUACCUGAAAAUAUUGACCAAGAAAAUUUAUUUCGGAUUAUUCGAAAAGUACCACUAAAAGUAGGACAAAUGACCUUCACAAAGCUGUUGUCAAAUUAUAAAGGACAUGUGUGA